AUGGAUCUUCCCGAAUCAAAUCCCAUUACCGAGAGGGAACCGGUUCUCAUGAAGCCGAACAGCGAGAUAAAAGAUACGGAAAUGGGAGACGAUGCUAUGAGCGGAGACGAAGCUGAUAUGGCGAGGUUAGGACUGACGCAGGAGACGAGGAGGAUGUUUGGUUUGUUGCCGCUGCUGGGCUUUACCACUGUUUUGCUGUGUAGCUGGGAAGCCGCCUAUCCGUUCUUUAUUACUGCAUUCAUUAACGGAGGAGGUCCGUCUAUGCUCUACGGCUACGUGUUCUGCUUCUUCGGUUCGCUUGCAACAUGCGCCUCGAUCGCUGAAAUGGCUUCUAUGUAUCCCACCUCUGGCGGGCAAUAUCACUGGGUAGCGCUCAUGGCGCCUCCGAAGUGGGCUCGUUUCUUGAGUUAUCUAACUGUAGGGUGGGUCUCGGUACUCGGAUGGCAAGCAGCGUGCGUGCUCGGAACGUUCCUAGGCGGAACAAUCAUCCAAGGACUUCUUGUGCUCAAUGAUCCGAGCUACGCUUAUCAACGCUGGCACGGAACACUGCUGCUCUACGCUGUACUGCUGCUCAGCCUCUUCAUCAACACAGUGACGGUAAGACUGCUACCAGCAAUUGAGGGCGCUCUCCUCUGGCUUCAUGUACUUGGCUUCUUCGCUGUGUUGAUCCCGCUGGUGCAUCUGGCUCCGAAGAGCCCGGCCUCCUUCGUGUUCGCAGACUGGUCCAAUGUAUCCGGAUAUUCAGAUGGGCUUUCUUUCUUUGUGGGACUUACGUCCUCCAGCAUCAUCUUCGUUGGCUACGAUGGAGCUUGUCAUAUGGCUGAGGAGGUAAAGAACGCCUCGAUCAAUGUCCCUCGAAGCAUGAUCUUCACAGUCCUGCUGAACGGCGCUCUUGGAUUUGCGACUUUCAUCGCCAUACUCUUCUGCAUCGGCGAUGUGGAGUCGGCUUUGGGGACGCAAACCGGCUGGCCCUUCAUCCAGAUCUUCUAUAACGCGACGAACUCUAGAGCCGGAGCAACGGCAAUGACCUCAAUUCUCACUGCCUUCGCCGUCUGCGCAACCUUCAGUUACCUGGCAGCGGCAUCCCGGCAACUCUGGGCCUUUGCGCGUGAUAAGGGUGUUCCGUUCUCGAGCACGAUUGCGAAGGUCGAUAAGCGCUUCAAAAUUCCUCUGUGGGCUGUGGGCUGUACCGCGCUAUUCAAUGCACUUCUCGCUCUGAUCAACAUCGGGUCCACGGCCGCCUUCAACGCCAUCGUUAGCCUGGUCAUCGCCGGGCUAUUCUCGUCGUAUCUCAUCUGCAUAUCCCUCAUGAUUCGCAAGAGGCUCCGGAAGGAACAGAUCGCAUUCGGACCCUGGAAUAUGGGGUCCUGGGGCAUGACCGUCAAUAUCGUUGCCAUGGUGUACACUCUCAUAACUUUCGUAAUGUCUUUCUUUCCGCCGGCGACUCCGGUCACACUGAUCACAAUGAAUUGGUCUGUUGUGGUGUUUUCCGCUGCUAUCGUUUUCGGACUUGUGUUCUGGGUUUUGGUGGGCCGCAAACAGUAUCAUGGACCAGCUAUAAAUCCUCGCUUUGCGCGACGACAAGAUGAAAGUGUGUGA